AUGGAUUUAUAUGAUAAUGAUACUAAUGAUUAUGAUGAUGAUGGAGGAAUCAUCACAACGCGAUCGUUUAUCUUUGUCAUUAUCACUCAAAUUAUCAUUGAUAUUAUGAGUAUCUCGUUAAAUACUAUCGUUCUUGUCGUCGGUUUAUUUCGAAUUACUGGAAGUACUUUACCUAUAUGGGCAAGAAGUAUGCAUCAAAUUCUUUGCUCAUUUAUGGUUCCACCAAUGAGCGUUGCUCUCGUUCCUAUAUCAGUUGAUCGUUACUUAAAGGUCUGUAGGAAGAGAACCAUCGUAAUGAAAGUGAAACCACCUAUUCCACUUAUAUGCUUUAUAAUUGAUUCUAUUCCUAUUAUAUCAUUAUUAAUCUGCAAAACAAUUGAUGUUGCGGAUCGAAUUACUAAUAUCAUAUACACGGUGAUUAUACCAGUUGGCUCAUUAUUGAUUGUAUUUGGCUGCAAUAUGGCCUUAUUUAUUACUUUAUCAAAGCAUGUAACUAUUGUUGCGAAGCUUGAUAAUAGACGGCGUAUGAACGAAACUCAGCAGCUAGCACGAGCCACUUGCAUACAAGCUAUUACUCCAUUAUUCAUUCAGUUACCUUCACUUCUUGGAAUAUUCAGUAUUGUAGGUGCAAGUGUGGAUCAAACUAUAGUUGUUUGGCACUUAGCGAAUUUAAUUUGGUUUAUGAUACUUCUUAAUCCGCUUGUUGAUGCUUUAGUAACAGCGUUCGUGGUGAAGGCAUAUCGAAACGAAAUAAGAAAAAUAUUUGAAACAAAUUUGUUGAAAAUUUUUCGAAAUCAGGAAAGUAAAAGAAAUAAUGGAUGUAAAAAUAUAACUCGUGGAAGUCUUGUAACUACAGGGAAUAAAUCUGAAAAUAAAUCUUCGUUACAAUGUGUGGACUUAAAGGUGCUGACCUAUGUAAAUGGCGAUAAUGAAGAAACAUUCAUAUAA